AACUCCAAAGAGUCCCUGCAAAGGGCUGGGGGUUCAGAUGGAGACUUUAAUAAGUAGAACAAACACACUGAAAUAUUCAUAAAUAUAACAGCAGCAGCAGCAGCAGCUCCCCCCUUCCAAAGGCUCAGCUGGAAAGAAGACAGCCUUUCACUGCAAGCGUGUUGUCUCCUCUCCCCGCUGUUACAUGAGUGAGCUGAUAAUGCACUAUCAGAGCUAGCAGGACACUAUAUAGAGGGGCUUGCUCUGCAACCUUUACUAAGCCUGCAAUUGUUGGCUUCUUCUGGCUCGCCUCAUUGUUUCCAUCUAUGCAGCUUCUCCUUGGCUUGCUGGCUUCAGAAGGCGCUCCUAGAGAUUUUCUUCAAAAGGACUUUUUCCUCCACACUAGGACUGCACCAUCCAAAAGGUUCUUGUAUUUCUUUCCAGAGACGUGGUGAGGGAUGGAUAGCCCAGCAGAGACUUCAAGCCUGCUACUCAAUUCUUCCCUGGAAGCUUCAGAGCAAUGUGGCAAAGAGACCCACACGGAGAACAUCCUUUUUGCAACUUUUUAUCUUCUGGAUUUCAUCCUGGCUCUUGUUGGCAAUGCUCUGGCUCUCUGGCUCUUCAUCCGGGACCAGAAGUCAGGUACUCCAGCCAACAUCUUCCUGAUGCAUCUUGCUGUUGCUGACCUGUCUUUUGUGCUGAUACUUCCCACCCGGGUGGUAUACCAUUUUUCUGGCAAUCACUGGCCAUUUGGUGAGAUCCCAUGCAGACUUACUGGUUUCCUCUUUUAUCUCAACAUGUAUGCCAGCAUCUACUUUCUCAUGUGCAUCAGUGUUGACCGCUUCCUAGCCAUUGUGCAUCCUGUGAAGUCCAUUAAACUCCGCAGGUCACUCUAUGCUCACUUAGCAUGUGCCUUUCUAUGGGCUAUAGUUGCUGUUGCAAUGGCACCUCUGUUGGUCAGUGUGCAGACAGCCCAGAUGAAUAAUACAACUGUCUGCCUGCAACUUUAUAGAGAAAAGGCAUCACACCACGCUCUUGUAUCCUUGGCAGUGGCAUUCACCUUUCCAUUUGUUACUACAGUGACCUGCUACUUAUUAAUCAUCCGCAGCCUGAAAAGUGGCAACAGAGUUGAGAAGCACCUGAAGGAAAAAGCCAUCAAGAUGAUCAUCAUGGUUCUAAUGAUCUUCCUGGUCUGUUUUGUACCCUAUCAUGUCAAUCGCUACAUUUAUAUUCUCCAUUAUGAUGGCACCAAGACUUCCUGUGAAACUCAGCGAAUCCUGGCUCUAAAUAACCGUGUCACUUCUUGCCUCACUAGCCUGAAUGGUGCCCUUGACCCAGUCAUGUAUUUCUUUGUAGCUGAGAAGUUUCGUGAAGCCUUAUGCAGCUUGUUCUGUGGCAAAAAGGCUGUAAUGUUGCCUCAGACUUAUGAAGGAAAGACAAAUGAGAGCUCACUAAGCGCUAAGUCUGAACUGUGAGCAAGUGAAUACAUUUGCUUUCACUUUCAGAUCCAAGAACCCUUUUUUUCACCCAAACCAGCUAAGAGAUUUUUUAGUGUGAAAGCCAACAAAGACAAAUGAUGCUAUACCUAGGGUGAGUCUCCUCCUCCUCAAACUCUGAGAAUCAGUUCAUCCAUUUGAAUGUAGCUAAAACGAGCAAAGGCUAAUUUCCUAGAAAAGAUGUGUUGCAUUCUCAGUAAAUCGUAAGACAUGAAACCAACCAAUGUUUGAUUACUUCAUGGUAGGAGCGGGAAGCAAGAAAUUAGUCAAAUCCCAAUUUCUUCACCUAAAAGACAACACACUUCAGCUGGAUUCAAGCAAACACAGACCACACCAAGAAAUAAGCCAAUUAGCUUCACAGCCCUAAGAUAUAGCUUCUGAUCUUUUCCCUGCACAACCUAGAAACCCUUCUCUGAAAUCUAAUGUUAUUCUCACUGUGGAGGUUUUUUUGAGGUGGCAGAGGGUAAAGCAUGCCUAGAUCUACUGUGUAGAAAUUCACAGAGAGUUUGGAAUAGAGUGGAUAAGGGAUUCCUGUAAAACAGGAAGAAGGAAAAACCUUUGAUGGGACCAGCCAGGGGCCAGAAUUAAGGGGAGACAUCUACAGUUUCCAAACUAAAGUGGUCUAAGAUAAAAAAGCCUCAUCUGUGCAGAGCAUUCGGCCAUAUACAGUAAAAGAAAAAUCACAGUAUUAUUUCUACUUGUCCUUAGAAUGGUGGGCCAUGGUCCCAUUAGCUGUGUGCACCAACAGGUUUGGCAGCAUUUUCUAAACUAGUUUUGUUAUACAGUCUUCUAUGAAUUAUUGCUGCCUGAAAUGAUCACAGUAUGAUAAUGAUACCAUCACAGAAGAAAUUAUGAGAUGCUGAUCAAGAAAACUGCAAAUCAAGGGAAGCUUUAUUUCCUUUUAGUAAAUGCUGAACCUGAAACUCUGAAUUUCUGCACAAAAGUUAACCAA